ACCGCUUGCACAGAUAUCCGUUUAGUGACCGCUUGGUAGUGCGAUGUUCCGCGUUUCUGCGAAUUCGGCCGGGAUGUAUCAGUUGUAAAUUGUGUAAAUAGUCGUGUACACUUUUUUAUUCGAUCGAUGUUGGGACUUUUUUAAAUUAUGCUUUUUGCACAACGAAGUGAAGUGGCAAUUUUUGUGAUUAUGAAUAGAAUGUUUUAAAUAUUGGAUUUAAAAUUAAGAGUGCAGCGAUUGUCAUUGUAUUACAUUUUUUGGAAAAUUGAAUAGUUUGUGGAAUUCUGUCAUGAAAUUCAAAGUGAUGAAAUAAUUUUGCUGAAGAAGCGAAAAAGCAUACCCGAGAUAGAUAUGCCGUGAUUCGAUUCUACGACAAACCCCAUUCCCUGUUACCACUCCCCAUAAAUCAUCCAAUAAAAACCCACUGAUGUCUCUGAUCGGUUCGUACUCGGCAGCGCGGAUCGCUGCGCUGACCUACGGCCCAGAGUUGGCCUUUCUCGUUUUCCUGCGCUUCCUGAUUGUCCUACUGCGCCGAGACAUCGUGGACCGCGAGCAUCGGAUCCGUCCACGAUCCGCUUCGGAGUUGUUCGCGCGCUACGAUUUCAUCGUCAUCGGGGCGGGAUCGGCUGGUUCGGUCGUCGCGAGUCGGCUCUCCGAGAACCCGGAAUGGACGAUACUGCUGCUCGAAGCCGGUAGCGAUGAGACCCUUCUCUCCGACGUGCCCAUGAUCUUUCCUACGCUUCAGCAUACCUCGAUGGACUGGCAGUUUAAGUCAGAGCCGUCGUCCACCUACUGCUUGGCUAUGAAGGAUGGCAGGUGUAACUGGCCCAGGGGUAAAGUGCUGGGUGGCAGCUCGGUGCUGAACGCGAUGUUGUACGUCAGAGGGAACAGGAGGGAUUACGACAGUUGGGCAGCUUUGGGAAACGAGGGCUGGAGUUAUGAAGAGAUCUUGCCCUACUUUAUGAAGUCGGAGGACAACAGGAUCGAGGAGCUCAGAGACUCGCCGUAUCACGCCGAAGGCGGACCGUUGACGAUCGAAGAGUUCAGGUUCCAGAGUCCAAUAGCGGAGUACUUCCUGAGGGCCGGCCGUGAUUUGGGCUACGACGUGGUGGACGUGAACGGUGCUCGUCAGACCGGUUUCACUUACUCCCCGGGCACUCUGCGCGACGGUCUGCGCUGCAGCAGCUCCAAGGCAUUCCUUCGGCCCUGUCGCGAUCGCGACAACCUGCACGUGGCGACGCGCAGCUUCGUUGAGCAGAUUCUUGUGGACGAGAACUCGAAAAGAGCUCAUGGCGUGAAAUUCCGUCGAGGCCAGCUAAGGUACUCGGUCCAAGCUAACUGCGAAGUCAUCCUGGCUGCCGGUUCAGUUCAAUCACCUCAGCUGUUGAUGCUCUCGGGAAUCGGACCAGGACACCAUCUGCAAGAGAUGGGGAUACCCGUAGUACAGCACUUGCCUGGAGUUGGCCAGAAUCUGCAGGAUCACGUGGCUAUGGGCGGACUGACGUACUUGAUCGAUCCUCCGAGGGAUGUGUAUGGAAAGAGGGAGUUCUCGUUCGUGCUUCCCAAACUGCUGAACUUUCGCUCGAUUUUUGACUUCACAAGGAAUGGCACAGGCCCUCUGUAUCUCGUGCCUGAGUGUGAGGCUAUGGCUUUUGUCAAUACCAAAUAUAACGUAGCAUCCGUAGAGGACGAUUACCCAGACGUUCAACUAUUCCUCGCAUCAGCGGCAGACAAUGCGGACGGUGGACUCUACGGUAAACGAGGUUGUGGCCUCGGCGACGACUUCUUUGCUGGGCUGUUCGAGGAUAUUCUCUACCAGGACAGCUACGCGGCGGUUCCUCUUCUUCUCAGACCGCGAAGUCGGGGUUACAUCAAGCUGCGCAGUGCUGACCCCGCUGACCCACCAGUGAUUGUGCCUAAUUACUUCAACGAUCCCUAUGACCUCGAAAUACUGGUAGAGGCGGCAAAACUGGUACACCAGCUGAGCGAGGGCCCGACCAUGCGCUCGAUCAACGCCCGACCGAACGACAACGUCAUCAAGGAGUGCAGCCACCUCGAGUUCAUGAGCGACGAGUAUCUGCGCUGCCAGGCCCGGCAUUACACAAUGACCAUAUACCACCCGGCCGGCACUUGCAAAAUGGCACCCGCACAAGACCCGAUGGCUGUGGUGGACUCGAGGCUACGCGUACACGGGAUCGCGGGUCUGAGGGUCAUCGAUGCCUCGAUAAUGCCGAACAUCGUCACGGGCAACACCAACGCGCCGACCAUCAUGAUCGCCGAAAAGGGCGCCGACAUGAUCAAGCAGGACUGGCAGCAUCAUCAUCAUCAUCCGCGGCGCAGACGAACCAGUGAGAAACUGAAGCCCGACCGACAGCGCCGCAAGGAUUACGCUAGAAGAAAGACUGCAUCGCUGAAUCCUCUGGUGCAGAGGUACAGCGUGCUGGAGUCGGCUUGGUACGGCUAACAGUCUCGUUGCGAAAUGAGCGGAGAAUCAAAUUAAUGGUUAUUCGCGCAUAAGAAGUGCCAGAUGAAACAAGGAGCGGAAAUUCAAAGUGUGUUAAGCCAUGAUCGCGCACGAGGAUAAAACUUAUACAGACAAUAAGUUUCGUUCUGACACUCGAGAAUUAAUUAUAUAUUUUAUUAUAUCUCCCACUCGUUGUGUAAAUAUGUACUCCAAUGUUAUUGCUGUAACACUGUAAAUAUUGUUAUUAUCGUGCGCGUUAGAAAGUCAUAUCGGCGAACAAGGCAUCGCACUGUUAUUCGCUGUGCUAUUAUUAUUUUUUACAUAUAAGCCUGAUCCAUUCUCGCAUAAUCAAUAAAAUGAAAAGCCAUAAUCCAUAAA